AUGAGUUUCAUGGAAUCUAUCUCUCACUACCUGAAAAACAACAAGCUAUCCCGCAAAUUGUCCAUGAAGUCUAAGCGUCGCUCGAAAGAUCUGAUCAGAAUUUCAUCUCGAGAAGCCUCACUGUCACGAGCUAAAAGUAAUGCCUCUACUUCAAGCGUACAUCUUCCAACCCAUAGCUCAAUGCUGCCAGCUGAAUCACCCACACGUCGGAAACGGCUUACGCCUGCCGAUCUGAAUUUACAACCUAUGUUGGAUAAUGCGGAGGCAUUGGAGCCAGCCAUGAGCCGGUCUUCAAGGGGCUUCUCUAUGCCUGAAUAUCCGGUCUACAAGUUAGAUACAACGACGCCAGCCUUGAAAUCCCCCAAGAAGCUACAGGAUCCGAUUAAGUUGGGAAAUGGGACUUGCGAGAAACAAAUGAUAUGGAGGGCUGAAAGAUUCGGAGGUACAUCGAUGGCAAGCUGUGGCUCGACGUCGAAGUUGAAGAGAUCUGUGACAGGAUUGUUCAAAACGCGAUCUUCGUCGAAGGUUCCGGGAUCAUCAUCGUUAUCUAUGAAGAAAUUUUGUAGUCCCACUACUCCUCACUGGGUGGAAAAGUCCAAAUUAGGAGACGAAGACUUCCUAGUUGACGAAAAGGCUGAGAUAAAGUGGUUAGAGGCUAAAAGCCUAAGUGGCCGGUAUUUGGACUACGAAAUAUGGGGUGGCGCAUGA